CACUAUUUCUCCAAUAGAAUCCAUAUCUAAGAGAACCCAAGCUGCCAACGACGAGGGACGAUGCCUACCAGAUCCAAAAUUACCCCCGUCGUCAUACUAUGGGGUUUCAUCAUUUUUGGAACCCUAGUACUCUUUCUGAAUCGGAUUAGUGAUCAUGGAAUUUCUUCAGGAGAAAAAGCUUUAAACGGUCAGGUCAAGKGACCAGAAGGGGAUCUAGAUGAAGUUACACACAGGGUUUAUUUUGAUGUUGAGAUUGGUGGAAAGCCCAUGGGACGCAUAGUCAUGGGCCUCUUUGGGAAAACAGUGCCAAAGACAGCAGAAAAUUUCCGAGCUCUUUGCACAGGGGAGAAAGGAAUUGGAAAAAGUGGAAAACCCCUCUAUUACAAAGGGAGCGCAUUCCAUAGAAUCAUACCGAGCUUUAUGAUUCAGGGAGGUGACUUCACUCGCGGUGAUGGGCGAGGUGGAGAGUCGAUCUAUGGUGAAAAGUUUGCUGAUGAGAGCUUCAAACUCAAACAUACUGACCCUGGAAUUCUGUCUAUGGCGAAUGCUGGACCCGACUCAAAUGGUUCUCAGUUUUUCAUCACCACAGUUAUAACGAGUUGGUUGGAUGGACGGCAUGUGGUGUUUGGCAAGGUGGUGUCGGGGAUGGAUGUAGUUCACAAGAUUGAAGCCGAAGGAACACAAAACGGUACACCUAAAAUCAGAGUCGUCGUCGUCAACAGCGGUGAACUGCCCUUGUGAUUGGUUCCCAUUCCCAAUAUCUAUUGUAACACUUUCCUACUUCAGAACUUCUACUAGCAUCUAUUUCAAUAUCCAUACAUUUCCAAACAAACUAGCUUCCAAAGCUUCAAGGUACCUCUAUAAUUUUUGACAGCUCUCAGAAAAAAGUGACUCUGUUGCCCAAUUGGAGGCUGCCAUGUGGCAUUUAGAAUUUCAAAAAA